GCACCAUCACAAACCUACAUCCAGCCUACUCGUACAGUAAGCACCUUCACAAACCUAUAUCCAGCCUACUCAUACAGUAAGCACCUUCACAAACCUACAUCCAGCCUACUCGUACAGUAAGCACCUUCACAAACCUACAUCCAGCCUACUCGUACAGUAAGCACCAUCACAAACCUACAUCCAGCCUACUCGUACAGUAAGCACCUUCACAAACCUACAUUCAGGCCUACUCGUACAGUAAGCACCAUCACAAACCUACAUCCAGCCCUACUCAUAGAAACAUGCAUAUCUGGGACAUUUCAUGUCCCCCUAAGUAGGGCCAUUGGGGUGUAAGUGUGUACUGGGAUUCUCCUGAAGCUAGCGAGGUUUUCCCAGUCAUGUCUGCUCUCCCUCCUCGGGUGGGGGGGGUGUGAUCAGGGGGUCGGGCUCCCUCAUCCACUGCAGCCAGACGGGCUCUUGUGAGUUCACAGCCCUGGAAGGUGUGGAGGAGUACCACGUCACCGUGGUGGUGGACAACCAGCUGGGGGUGGAGAGACGGAGCUACGGCUUCAACCAUCUCAAAACGAGUAUUCCCUAUUCCAGAGCAGGUGUUUGUCUGGCCGGGGGUGAGGGAUGCCAAUAUGUCCUGGAGACUGGAGGGCAACAUAUCUGACUUGGGUCUGUUCUGCCAGGUCAGCGAGCCCCCAAACACCUCAGACAUUAGGGUGAAUUGUGGGAGGCUGGGAGAACAUUGUCGAGUUACAUUGGAGAACCUGGAGCCCAACACUCUCUACCCCUCCAGGCUGCGCUGCUCUGUGACAGGGGGGCCCUGGGGCAGGUGGACGGAGGUACCCUUCACCACCCUUCCCCUGGUGAGCCUGGACACGUGGGGCUGGGUGAGAAAGCACUCUGCCAGCACCUGGAACCUGACCCUGCUGUGGACCAGGAUUGUGACUGGCUCAGCCUCGACAGGGGGUGUCCAGGGCUACCGGGUGCAGUGGAGGCAGGGGGAGCACAGCGCCUCCGUGUUGAAACACAAAGAAGAAACCCAGGCAGAGCUCUCGAUUGGUCCUGAGCAGUGUGAUGUCACAGUGGAGGCCGUCCUGGAGCGUGGCUCCUCCCUCCCGGCUCGUCUCAGAUUUCCACGGGCGGAGAGCAGAGAGUUCCCCUCACAGCAUCAGCGUGUGAGCGGCAAUAGCACAACAGGCUUCCAACUCUCCUGGGUGGACAAGAAAGCGGUCACCUGUGGCUACACGGUGCAGUGGUGCACCUUGGGAGGUGUAGUCCCCUGUAAUGUGACGUGGAGAAAGGUGCCAGCGGGGCGUGCAUCUCUAUCUCUGCCAGCAGACAAAUUCAAUGUGGGCCGUAGGUACACCUUUAACAUCUACGGGUGCACGGAGGACGGUGAGAGAUGUCUGGAGUCGCAGACAGGAUACUUACAGGAGCUCAAGCCAACCCUGGCUCCCACCCUGAUAGAACCUGUUCACUUUGCAUCCUCCUCUGUGACCCUGGAAUGGCGUUACUAUGACGAUGACCCAGCGCAUCCCGGUUUCAUUAUUGGUUACCAGGUUACCGUGAUGAGGGCAGGGAUACAGAGCACAGCAGCUAUGCAGAUUUUGGAUCGAAGCAGGAAGUCUGUGACCAUUCCUGAUCUCCAGGAACAACAGAUCUACACCUUCCGUGUGUGUGCUCUCACUAAGGAGGGCGCCGGGCCAGGGACCAGCUUCACUGGCAGGACCUCCAGGAACUACCCUGUGUUGCUGGCUAAGAUUCUGACCCCUAUACUGCUGCUGCUAGCCUGCGCUGCGCUGCUGUGGCCUCAGAGGAACAUGCUGAGGAGUGGAUUCGUGGAGGUGUUCGGGUUCUCGGCUGACCUCCACAUCCAGGCUCUCCAUCUGGACCGCCACCUGAGCGAGGCUUCAGAGCGAAUCGGUUCCCUGAGGGAGGAGGAGUGUCGAUGCUGUAACAUUGAGAUUGUCAACGUCAGACCCACUGGGACAGAUGGGGCCGUCCUGCUACCCCAUGAACCCUCCUCCUCAACCCCCCUCUGCUCCUCCCGGCUUCUGGGAGAUUACUGUCCUCAACCGAACAUCGAGGUCUGGGACAGGCAAGUUUGCCAGCGAGAGACUAGCCUAACCAACCACACAUACCUUCCCAUCAUGGGGGUGGAGCUGUCCACUGCGAAGCGACCAAUCAGACUCAAAGAUGUUAACGUCGCCUGCGGCGUUCCUGAUUGGUCAGAACCGGAUGACUCCUUUGAGAUAGUUAGCGGGUACCACCUCGUAUGAGCUUGCGACUUUGUUGAGCCAUAUAGGUCUACAUAAUCAAGCUGGCAGUCCGUUAUAAUAAUUUUACGUAUUAACUUGGGAUACGCUUUCAUCCAAAGACAGGGGUGCCUCUUGGUUUGCAGUGCUGCCAACCACUGAGUCUAGUGGUCUUCAGUCUUCACAGUCUAGCAUGCGCACGCGCACACACUCACUCUCUCACACAAACACACACAGAGACCGAGGGAGCUGGAUCCACUGACUCGUCCGCUGACUCCAUUGAAGGCAGUGGGGCAGAGCUUGGAGUUGAAGUGUGUGGUUGAUCAUAUUUACUGAAGUUAUGGCUAAUAAAGCUUGCAGAACAUGUG